AUGAAUCGUCUCUUAUGUUUUCUACUCGCUAUUGGAUUUUGCGUAGGAUUGACUAACGCAAAAUUUCAAUGGAAUGAGAAAAACUCAGUAUUCUCUAAGAGUUCCCUUGGUCGAAACAACGUCUUGAAGAUUCAUUGCGUAUCAAACGACGACAAUUUAGGUUUCCAUUUCUUGCGUACCGGAGAAACCUAUGAUUUUAGUUUCCAUGACAGCGUUGUGAGAUCAGAGUUUUAUUGUGACUUAUGGCAAGGGCCUAAUUUCAAGUUUCAUGCAUCGUUUAUGGCAUAUGAAGGUGGUGGUCUCAUAGUUCAUUAUGGUAAAAAGAACUAUUGGGAUGCUAGAGAAGAUGGAAUCUAUUUCACACAUGGCAAAGAAAUCCCUAAAUUAGAGUACAAGUGGAAAUAG